AGAUUUGGAUGGGCUCUAAUCGACGUCGAAAGCCUCACCUUUGUGCCCUAAGCCCAGUCUUUCCUCUCCUCGUCUAAUCUUCUUCCUCCGCUGCCGCCCUGCCCUCUCCUCGCGAACGGCCAACGACCCGCCGACCGCUGCGCCGGGCCGGCGAACAGAGAAGUGUUUGGGAGAUCCAUAGAGUUGAAGUUGGAAGAGAGGAGGAGGAUGAGCGCACAGCAGCCUCAGCAGCAGCAGCAAGUGGCCAACAGCUUCACCUCACAGUUUGCAGUCAUGUCCAAGGCCCAACUCUAUGAUAUCCUCUGUCAAAUGAAAGCUUUGAUAGAACAAAACCAGCAAGAGGCUAGGCAGAUCCUCAUCGACAACCCUCUCCUGACUCGAGCUCUCUUCCAGGCACAAAUAAUGCUUGGAAUGGUACAAUCUCCUAAUGUGAUGUCCAACACUCAACAAUCUUGGCAACAACCACAACCAUCACAAGUCGGACAGCCACAGAUUGUUCACAGUUUGCAGACAGUGCCUGCUAAAGUUGGAGAACAAUCUGAACCUGGUUCAUCUCAAUCACUGUUAUCAGCUAGACAACAGCAUCCAACACAACCAUCCAUUUCUCUUCCACUUGCAUCUGGUUCAUCUCAAUCACUGCUAUCUGCUAGACAACAGCAUCCAACACAACCAUCCAUUUCUGUUCCACCCGCAUCUGUUCCACCGUUGACCUUCCAAUCGAAGGCAAUGCCAUUGCCACUUUCAGAACCACAAACUAAGGGCUUUCUGAAUCUCCAAGUUCCUUCAGUAACACCUAUACAAUCUUCCCAGAUUCAAAAUAUAUCUCAACCCAACCCUGCUGCUCCACAUUACUCAAAUCUUCCAUCCCAUAUGCCGAUGAUCUCUGUACAUCCACAGCAAACUUUGCAGAAUCCUGGACUUUUCAAUCAACUCCUGCAGCCGCCAUUACCACUGCAGCCUAGACAGGUUGCAAUGCAACCUUUUGCUCUUCAGUUUCAUCCACAGAUGCCUCACUCGCUUGGUCUUCAACCAUCCAGUCUACCUCAACAGCUUUUAUCACAACCCUUGUUUCAUUCAGGUAUCACACCUCCAUCGUCCUUCCCACAAGGUCAGGCACCACUUCCAAGUCAGCCACCACAGCAUCUUUAUCAGCAGGUUGGUUCUUCACACGUAGGCACAGAUUAUGGCACCCAAGUCAGCACCUCCAUGCAAAAAGACAGGGGCGCUCCUUGGGUACUUGGCUCCCAACUGCCAGGACUCCCACCGAUGAUUUCUGGACAGAUGGUCACAGGCACCAGUGGCCAGCCACCUCGGGCUCCACCAUUGACACCAGAAAUGGAAAAGGCAUUGCUUCAGCAGGUUAUGGGCCUCACACCAGAACAGAUCAAUCUUCUACCCCCGGAGCAAAGGAAUCAAGUGCUUCAACUACGGGAAAUGCUAAAAUGAUUACGAUAUGGGCCUUUCAUUUAUCUUGCGUGCUUUUGAUAACCGGCUCUCUCCAUAUUUGCUGACCUGAAUCAACAGUGGAGUGCGACUUGCUGCUUCCAAUGUGUUCUACAGUUCAGGCGAUUUAUGUAAGCUGCACUGUAGUGUUCGUUGGCCUAACACAGAAUUCCCAGUGUGUUUUUGCUGGUGGCGGAAGCAUCUUGUGUGAGGUACUUCAGGGCCGGUGGUGAUGGUAGGAGUAUAGUUGUCAAAGGCAGACCGAAUUGAUUGGUCGAUUGGCAAUCGAGAAUCCAACCGUUGGCUAGUUACAUUUUUAGAUUGGAUAAAUUUUUUAUUCCAUAUAUACUAAAAUGUGUUUGAAUA